GAGGUAUAUGACGUCACUGUAGUUGUGUCGAGAAGAAGAGAAAAGCACAGACGAAAGAUUUACCCCUUAAUAACACCGUUUCGAUAGAUUUGUAUGACCAAAGUAUACGUUCUUACGCUUUGAAUCAUGUCUACUCCCGCUAGAAGACGACUUAUGAGAGAUUUCAAAAGACUUCAAGAAGACCCCCCAACUGGCGUGAGUGGUGCUCCAUCAGAGAAUAACAUCAUGAUGUGGAAUGCUGUUAUUUUUGGGCCUGUGGGUACACCAUUUGAGGAUGGAACUUUUAAACUUGUGAUAGAAUUUUCAGAAGAGUACCCUAACAAGCCACCCACGGUUCGAUUUAUCUCCAAAAUGUUUCACCCAAAUGUCUAUGCAGAUGGAAGUAUAUGUUUAGACAUCCUUCAGAAUCGUUGGAGCCCCACGUAUGAUGUGUCGUCCAUUUUGACGUCUAUCCAGUCCCUGCUGGAUGAGCCGAAUCCUAACAGUCCAGCCAACAGCCAGGCUGCACAGCUCUAUCAAGAAAACAAGCGGGAGUACGAGAAGAGAGUUUCUGCCAUCGUGGAGCAGAGCUGGGUAGACUCCUAACACAUCUCCCCCACCCCCCCCACCCCCACCCCCAUCACUCCUAUCAAAUGCUUCAAUCGGUCAUUUACCUCAUCAAGAAAAUAAGCCGACAUCAGAAGAACUUAAGUGCCACCAGAAAGAGAAAGUAGGGACUUUUACUUGCUUGCCAACACAUUUGAAGAAAAUCAAUCUGAUACUUGUGUUAUUGUUCCAAUUUUUUUUUUAUUGCAUGAUGUGAAAUAAGUUAUUGCUAACAGAAUUUGUAAUAUAUAUUUUUUUGUUGGAUUGAUGCUGUUAUUGUUUAGUUUCUACAGAAUAGUUUAUUUUUUAACAUCUCUUGGUUUAAACCAUUUGAGAGUAUUUUGUCAUAUCGGCAAAUUAGUAGAAAUCCAUAAAACAUGACGACUUGGUUAAAAUAAUGUAUUUUCUGGGAAAUUCUACAGUCUGUCAUGUAGCAUAAAUGUAAGAUCAAUUGACCAGCUAUAAAGCAGACAUAUUCUUUUGCACCCAUCCUGGCAGUAGGUUCAAAUUACCGCCCUGAAUGGAGUCAGUACUAUUGAUGAGUGAUCAAGGUAACUAUGGCAUUCUGCUUGUUGAUGAUUUUUUUUAAAAGAAGAAAAAAAAGACCUAA